AUGACUGAGGAACGUCUGGUGACUGAGGUGCCGAGCAGCUUGAAGCAGUUGGCAAGGCUGGUGGUGAGAGGUUUCUACACCAUCGAAGAUGCCUUGAUCGUGGACAUGUUGGUUCGAAACCCUUGUAUGAAGGAAGAUGAUAUCUGUGAACUGUUAAAGUUUGAAAGAAAAAUGUUGAGGGCUCGAAUAGCUACACUUAAAAAUGAUAAGUUCAUACAGGUUAGGCUUAAAAUGGAAACUGGUUUGGAUGGCAAAGCACAAAAAGUGAACUACUACUUUAUAAACUACAAAACUUUCGUGAACGUAGUAAAAUACAAAUUGGAUUUGAUGCGCAAACGCAUGGAAACUGAGGAGAGGGACGCCACCAGUCGCGCCAGCUUCAAAUGUCCUUCGUGUGGGAAGACAUUUACAGACCUCGAGGCUGACCAACUUUACGACAUGAUGACUCAAGAGUUCAGGUGUACGUUUUGUAACCAAGUUGUUGAGGAAGACCAGUCAGCGCUGCCUAAGAAAGAUUCAAGGUUGCUGUUAGCGAAGUUCAACGAACAGUUAGAGCCGCUCUACAUCUUACUGAGGGAGGUCGAGGGCAUUAAAUUGGCUCCAGAGAUAUUGGAACCAGAACCUGUCGAUAUAAACACCAUCAGAGGAUUAACAGCCAAGCAUAUGACAAGUCGUCCAGGUGGUGGGGAAUGGUCGGGCGAGGCGACCCGCAGCCAAGGUCUGGCUGUGGAGGAGACGCGUGUAGACAUCACAAUCGGGGACGCGGACAGAACCGACACGACAGCCGCUCGCAAGGAACGACCCGUCUGGAUGGUGGAGAGCACCAUCACCACCGGCGAACAGAGCGAGUCUUCGUUGGUGUCUGGUGAGGUCGAGCGAUCUACCGGCAAGCAACCGGCCAAGGAGAAGGGAGACGACAUCAUGUCCGUGUUGUUGGCACACGAGAAACAAAAUACAGGGAACGUUGCAGCGAACGCUAUCAAGGGCGCGGAUCCUGAGAGCUCGGAUUCUAGCGACAACGAAUCAAAGGAUCCUUAUAAACUAAAAGAUGAAAUCGCCGCUGUUGCUGAAAUGGACAGCGAAGAUUCUGAAUCAGAUGACAACGCGCCUACCGUAUUGGUGAAUGGCAAGCCGGUGGCUCUGACUAGUAUAGACGAUGACGUCAUCGCUCGUAUGACUCCCACAGAGAAGGAAACAUACAUACAAGUGUAUCAAGAGUACUACAGCCAUAUGUAUGAUUAG